CCUCCCCCACCACACCGCCCCUCCCACCCCCUCCCGUUACCACCGAUUCAACCGACUCGAGCUGCUGCUCCGGUCAGUUACUACAAAAUGGCUGCAGAGGCUCCGCCGCCGACGAAAAGCUCCUGAACGCUUCACGCUGUAAGAAGAAGCAAAGAACACGAGAAGAGAACCAUUUGAUGGAAGAUAAGAAAAAGAAAAAGCAACAAGACAAGAAAAAGAAAGAAGCCGCUCAGAAAAAGGCCACAGAACCGAGAACCAAAGUGCCAGACUCUGCCAGGCGAGACCCCACCCCUCCUCUUCCCCCCAUCAGCCCCAGUGCCGUCCCGUCUGCACCCCCGAGCGGUGGCAAUGGCAAGCGCGCCCCCUCUGGAGGUCAGCCGCAGAAUCUGCCCCAGCAGCGCUACCCGCCGAGAGAGGUGCCCCCGCGCUUCCGCCAGCAGGAGCACAAGCAGCUGUUGAAGAGGGGCCAGCCUCUGCCCUCCGGGACCCCGCCUCUCACCACCACGGGACGUCCCGCCGCUACUGAACCCGCGGUGGCCGUGCCCUCCUCUCUCGCCGGCUCCUCUACAGAACUGCCCCCACAGAGAGGCCAAGGAGUGCAGUAUGAUAAUCCCCUCUGGGGACACCCGUCAGCCAACAAGAGUGCCACAAGUGCUGCAUCUUCCACCAAUCUUAGUGACUGGGAUCAACUAAUCAUUGACCAGAAGGAAACUGAGGCUUGGCCUUCUAUUACCCUCAGCCAGAGCCAGGCCCCUCCAGGAGGAUGCUCUUUGGACACUGACCCUGGUCGCCUGGCCAGCAGCAGCAGCAGUACAAGUAGUAGUUGCAGUACUUUGAGCAUGGCCACGGGGGCCAAUAGCCAGACAGGCCAUUUUCCUGCCAACCACCUUAGCGGCAAGGUCAACACUGGGCCCAGCCCAGCCAAUCAUACUGGAACCAGCAUGCUCUCUAGCCCGGCUGCAGCUAAUUGCAGUUGGGGAUCUGGGCCUGGAUCCUCCCAUUGCCCCCCUCAGUCCUCAGUGGGGGGCGAAGGGAAGAAUGACAGCCCAGGGGGAGCGGGAGGCAGCAGGGGCUGGGGGUCGUCUUCAUCAUCCUCCACCACCAACUUUAACUUGAACCUAAACCCCAAUGCCAACCCGUCCGCCUGGCCCAUGUUGGGACACGAUGGGGUUGGCACAGGGGGAGGCAGCUCAGGAGGAGCAAACACCAUUUCACCUCCUCAACCGACACCCAACCUCUGUAAUCCGCCUGGCCCCCCACCAGUCCAGACCAGCAGCUGUACCGGAAUCAACGCUAACAGCAACUCGGGGAUUGGCAGCGCCUGGGGUAGCUUAAUGGCCUCUGACAGCCCGGAUUCACACCCCUCUCCAUCCACGAAUGUGUCUUUCAGUUCAGAACCUCAGAACCUUAAAACUGACGGACCAAAUCACACUAAUAAGCAGGGACCCCCCAGCCCCAUCUGCAACUUGCCUGGCUGGGGUAGUGAACCUGUAGGCUUGGGUUCCAUGGGCCAGACACCCUUAGAGGGACACCAGGUCAAUGGAGAAGACAAUAGCUCAGUAUGGGGAAGCAGUGGCGACUCAAAGGCGCCUUCAUCUAAGGAGGCGCCUGGAUGGGACUCUGGCUGGGGCCGUGGAGGCGAAGCAGGAAACUCUGGAGGCUGGGGUGACCAGUCCGGUGGGAGCUGGGGGAAACAGCGCACUGAAGAGGCCCAGGGAGGCUGGGCAGCCCCUGACUCUCCUCCCCAGGAUCCCCAGGCCAGCACUUGGAACCGAGCGGUGAGCACAGCUGCUGCAAGUGAAGGGAGCAGUGACAGCAUGGAAGGACAGCCCCCGCACAGAGACUCCUCGUCAAGAGAUCACCCUGCUCCUCCGCUGCCUGCCCAGGACUUGGACCCCAGGGUGCUCUGUAACACCGGCUGGGGACAGACGCCCGUUCGCCAGCACACCACCUGGGACAUGGACAAGUCCAAACGCAAGAAUGAUGCGGCUGCCGAUUCGUGGGGCUCCGGCCCAACCGCUCCAAAUGACGCUCAGGGGCCCGCCAGCAUCAACAUGGCCCCCUCCAGCAUUGGCAUGGGCCCCUCCAGCACUAACAAGGGCCCCUCUACGAGGGCUGAUCCCGGGGGGCAGAAUGAUAUGCCUGCUUCUCAGGUAGCUUCAGGUUGGGGUGGAGGCAUAGCUGCUAACAACCCACCUGUCACCGGCUGGGGAGAGCCGCCCAGCAACAUCAAGCCCCCAGGUGGCCCCGGGGGAUGGGGCAAUGCGCCGACAGGAGCCCCCACACCCAGUGUACCCAAGAAUGGGGGUCAAUCCUGGGCAGAAGAGAAGCAAACUGGCUGGGAUGAUUCUCGCAGCAAGGCAACCUCCCAGGGCUGGGGAGAGCAACCCAAAGCAUCCCAUAGCUGGGGGGGUAAUAGUGGAGGAAGCAAUAACGCAGGUGACUGGAGAGAACCAGAGGAGGGCAAAAAGAAUCCCCCCAAGCCGGGCUGGGAGGGAGAAGCGGGGGGCUGGAAGGAAAAUCAACGGAGUUGGGGCGGAUCUUCUUCAGGACCUGUGACACCCGCGGCUGGAGGAAAUGGGGGCUGGGGAGAGACGGCGUGCCAGCGUCCCAGUGGCCCUGCCCAAAGCUGGGGGGCCAAGCCUCAGGAUGGACCCGGUGGUGGGGGUAGUAGUGGGGCAGGGAGCAUGGGCUCUUGGGCUGGAUCAGGCUCGGUGAAGCAGGGCGGUAGCUGGGCCGGCAGUAAGAAGGAGUCCUCUGCUCCACCCACGGGCUGGGAGGAGCCCUCCCCACCUUCGAUCCGACGUAAGAUGGAGAUAGAUGACGGGACGUCGGCCUGGGGCGACCCUGUUAACCACAGCAAGUCAGUCAACCUGUGGGACAGGAACAAUCCGGGAAAGUCCCAGGCUAAAGUUACCACUGGAGGCAAUAACCCCCCGGGCCCCAACAACAACCAUUCCCACCCCCACAAUCACCCCUAUCAAGGGCCGCCCGCCCCUUUACAGAACCACACCCAAAAUCCCCCAAACCCGGGACCCGGCAGUGGGCCCAUGGAUCCUGUUGUCCAACACCAGUCGGGGCCAUCUCACAGCAGGAGUCCCUUAAUAGCUCAAGGUUGGGGAGAGACACCCAGCUCUCACACAAAACCAGAGAGCACCUGGGGGGAAGCUGCACCCGCUCCAGUCAGCGUUGACAAUGGGACGUCUGCCUGGAGCAAACCUAGUGGGGGCUGGGGGGACAGCAACCCGGACGGCUACGGCAGGGGCAACCUGACGAUGACAUCCGCAUCCUGCAAACCUGGUCCCAAACCUAUGCAAGACGGGUGGGGAGGUGCAGGCGAAGAGCUGAACUUGACGGGUGGUCAGUGGGACGCUGAGGAGGGAGACAUGUGGAACAGCCAUGCAUCCCAAGAGAGCAAUUCCUCCUGUAACUCUUGGGGAAAUGCAUCUAAAAAGGGCCCACCGAAAACGUCCUGUCAUCAGCUCUCCCAGGCAAAGGUCCCGGGGAAGCAAGAAGAUGCCUGGAUGAUGAAUCGUCUCAUCAAACAGCUGAUGGACAUGGGCUUCCCUAGAGAUCCGUCAGAAGAGGCUCUGAAGAGCAACAACAUGAGCCUGGACCAGGCCAUGAGUGCCCUGCUGGAGAAAAAGACGGAGCUGGACAAGCGAGGGAUGGGAAUAACCGGCCACGACUACAACGGGCUCAUCAACAAGUCCAUGAGCUGCCCCCGGCCUCCGCUUCUUUCCAAAGACCACUCGGCAGACCCCCGCUUGCCCUUCAUGGAUAAGCAGGGUGGAAUGUUUGGUGGGGGUGGAGCAGUACAAGCCCGGGCCAUGCAGCAGCAGCAGCAGCAGCAGCAGCAGCAACAACAACAACAACAGCAGCAGCAGCAGCCUCCUCAGCCUCCAGUGCUGCCUCUCAGUUCCUCUCAGCCCAGUCUGCGUGCUCAAGUGCCUCAGUUUCUGUCCCCUCAGGUUCAAGCACAGCUCUUACAGUUUGCAGCAAAAAACAUUGGUCUGAAUCCUGCACUUUUAACCUCACCAAUAAACCCUCAACAUAUGACCCUUCUGAAUCAACUUUACCAGCUGCAACUGGCAUACCAGCGUUUACAAAUUCAGCAGCAGAUGUUGCAGGCGCAGCGCAACGUUUCUGGUCCCAUUCGACAACAAGAGCAGCAAGUCGCGCGUACAAUCAAUAACAUGCAGCAGCAGAUCCAACAGCACCAGCGUCAGCUGGCCCAGGCCCUGCUGAUGAAGCAGCAGCAGCAGCAGCAACAGCAGCCGCCCCCCUCCCACUCCGGCCUGCAUCCCGGCGGGCCCAAAUCCGCCCUGGAUUUAUUUCCGGGUCACCCCCACGCUGCGGGCCUCCACGACCUGCAGACCAAAGAGCAGCAGUCAUCUCCCAACUCCUACGGCCACUACUCUCUCUCCGGACUGAAUCAAAACAUGAAUGUAAACUGCGUGGAGGUGGGAGGUCUGUCCAUGAAGGAGCCCCACCAGCCUCAAUCGCGCUUGUCGCAAUGGACGCACCCCAACUCCAUUGAAGGCCUCUCCGGAAGCUCCUCCCCUCUGGAGCCCAACCUGGGCAAGCACGGUGCCAACCUGGGCCCCCCCGGGAAGCCCCCUCAGCUAGAGGACUCCUACAGCCCCUACAACUUGAUGUCCAGCUCUGAGUCUCUGAACAGCCCCUUGGUCCCCCAAGACAACUGGGGGCAGGGCAAGAGCACCAGUGAUAAGAUGGCCAAUGGGACCAAUAUCAACUGGCCACCAGAGUUCUGCCCAGGUGUUCCCUGGAAGGGCCUCCAGAAUAUUGACCCGGAGACCGAUCCUAACGUGACCCCCGGCAGUGUCCCCAGCGGGCCCACCAUCAACACCAACAUCCAAGAUGUCAACCGCUACCUGCUGCGGGACAGGAGCGCAGGUAAACUGUCGGAGAUGAAAUCGACUUGGUCUUCAGGCCCCGUUUCCCACAACCAGGCCUCUCUGUCCCACGAGUUGUGGAAGGUCCCACAGGGCCCCCGGAGCAGCAACGCGGCCCCUUCCCGACCUCCACCUGGCCUUACCAACAGCAAGCCCACUUCCACCUGGGGGGGCAACUCCCUGGGCCUUGCUCAAGGCUGGAGCAGCUCUUACACAACAGCAGGUACAACGUGGAGCACAGACAGCUCCACCAGGGCCAGUAGCUGGCUGGUUCUGAGGAACCUCACUCCCCAGAUUGACGGUUCGACUCUGCGUACACUGUGCAUGCAACACGGCCCCCUCAUCACAUUCCACCUCAACCUGACGCAGGGCAACGCUGUGGUGCGCUACAGCUCCAAGGACGAAGCUGCCAAGGCUCAGAAGUCCCUGCACAUGUGCGUGCUUGGGAACACCACCAUCCUGGCCGAGUUCGCCGGGGAAGAUGAAGUGAACCGCUUCUUUGCACAGGGCCAGUCGCUCGGCAGCACCACCACCAGCUGGCAGGCCACUCCGGGCUCCAAUCAGACGCGGAUGGGCGGCGCCGGGUCGGGGGUCCCCCACCCCAUCGGCCACCCCCCACACUGGAACAACAACAACAACGGCGGCGGCGGCGGGCUCGGAGCGAAGACGGGGGGGGAGUUGCUGUGGGGCGGCGUGCAGCAGUAUUCCAGCCUGUGGGGGCCGCCGAGCGGAGAGGAGGGGCGGGUCAUGGGGAGUCCCACCCAGAUCCAUACCCUGCUGCCUGGGGACCUGCUGAGUGGAGAGUCCAUGUAGGGGCGGAGGAGCCCUCGGCGUGACAAGCACCCAACAGGAGUAUCAAAUCGUGCAAAUCAUUGUGGAGAUAAUCAGUGUGGCUGUAAUGGUGAAAAGGAGAAAAAAGAGGAGGGAGGGGCUACAUCCUCGCUGCUCACCCUCGCCAACCUCCUCCACUCCUUUUUUGUUUUUUAAUGACAUUUCAGUCUCAGUCGUUUUGUGAAUCUCAGUGUUCAGCUUUUCCUUUUUUUUCUUUCGUUUGACAAAGAAAGAGAACUUUUUACAGAAGUGAACUUGUGGGAACUCGCCGUUUGGAACGCGAGCUUCACUCCAAACUGACACGAGAUGACGAGCCGCCAUCUUUAAAACUUAGCGUAAUCCCUCUUUUGCCUCUUCAGGCAAUCAUACUGCACCUCAGAGAUCCAUGGAAAAAGGCAUCAUUCCCAAAGUUAAAACCCUUCAAUCAAACUUUCAGCUGGUCCAGACUCAACUUCUGUUUCUCUCAGCACUAAUUUUAGCCUUAACGUCUUUCCUGCCCUGCUAUCCUCACUCGCUCUGUACUUGGUGAAGAAGCAUACGGACACUUGCACACCCUUAUUUCUGAGCCAGUGAAACCUGAGUGACGAGUACACAGCUGCUGCGGCCCAACGCAAGCAACCCCAGCUCCCAACUUCAGUGCAUUUUUGCGAGCGGAUCGAGUUCCCCGAAACGCCACGCUCCAUGAUGCAACUCGCCGUGUGCGCCGCCGCGUUCAAGCCAUUUGUUCUUUUUUUUUUUUUUUUUUCUUAAAUCAUUGCAAGCUAAGAAAUGCUAUUAUUCAAAUGUGUCUGUCAAUCGUACCUGGUGGGGUAGGGGGGGAGAUUUUGAGUCAUCGCAUGUACAUUUGUGAUGGACUACAAAAGGAACCACUGCUAUUACUAAGGAACUGUAAAACUGUAAAGACAAACACUUUGAUGCACCUCAACUCCUCUGCAGGCCAUUCGCAGUUCUUGGUCUCGGUUUCUGGGAACCUCUCGCCGAUGUUGUGGAAAACCUCAAGUCGUAAAUGUUCCCCGCUGGUGUGUGUGUGUGUGUGUAUCCCACCGUUUUCAAGUGACGUGCAAUAUAUGCCACAGACUCUACCGUCCAAGCACCAUGACCUCUCUCUCUCUCUCUCAGAGAAAGAGAGAGAAUGAGGGGAGACUGAAUGAUUGAACCGCAAAAUCUGCCCUUCGAUCACCCCUAAAACUGCCACUACUACCCUUCACCCCACCCCCCCCCCCCCCCCAGGUGUGUGAGCUCAGGAGAGCAGCGAGCUGGUCUUCAGCCACCUUAUGUCCAAGAUACAAGGAGGUACCCACAAAGCACUUCUUCAGCCAGCCCACCCUCCAUACUUAUGCCAGUGACUGGUUUUGGGGGAGGAAGGGGGUGUGUGUGUUUGUGUGUGUGUGCGUGCGUGUGUGUGUGCGUGUGUGUGUGUGUGUGUGUGUGUGUGAGACUUGGGUAGAAGGCAUCAAACCAAACUAAGAGGAGCCGUUUUUUCUUUUCACCCGAGAAAUCAGAUUACCUUUUUUCUUUUUCUUUUUUUUUGGCCCUAUUUGCAUUGGUAGAAAUGAUGGAAGGAAAGAUUUGUGAACAGGUUGUCUAUCAUAGCACUUAGCAAGAGCGCCGCAGCUCGUUAUACACUUAACGCCAACAGAUAAAAGAAAAGAGAAGCCAAAAUGGCAACUAAAAACUGAAAAAAAAGACAAAAAAGCAAUCUGCUUGGUGACUUCUCCAAAUGCUUAUUUUUUAACUUGACAUGAAUGUGAAGAUGUAUUUUUUCUUUUUCUCUUUAUCCUUCUUCCCUCAUGUCUUUGGGACCAGAAAGGAUGUCAAACAUGGUAGCAAAGUGAAGGGAAAUACAAAGAGAGAACUAACUCGACUGAUGACGGGCGGAGCGGGGCCAGACCCCAACGCACUCGCCCUCUUCAUCAAAGUAAAUAUCACUGUUGCAUUGCAUACUUUGGAACCCUACGCCUUGGUGUCUGGAAACCCUUGACGUGUUCUACUGGAUCCGAGCAGGGAGGAUCGCCGUCGUCUUCGUCCCUUUCUUUUUCUUUUUUCUUCUUCCUACUGGAGGCCCUGCCAACCUGUGUGAUAGUGUGGCCACUGAGUGCCUGCCUGCUGCAGAGUGCCGUGCUCUGCAGCAGCCGCCGCCCCCACCCCUCCCUCCCUCCUCCCCCUUGCUCGGUGGCUCCCUGCGGAUCCCUACAGACUGGCGUCUCCGCCCCCCCCUCACUUUGGCCUCCAGGCCGAGAGCAGCUCUUUCAGAACUGACCCUGCCCGUAAUACAUUUACUACUACUGCUGCGCCAGAGUGUCCUCAGCCAACCUCCAACCACCCCCCCCAACCCCCCCCCCCCCCCUCCCCCCCGCGCUCUCUUUGUCUCCCUCCUGCAAGGAUCACUUUAUCCAGAGGUGGAGGCGCUGAAUGCGUUGUUGUCUUUCUUGCUUUUGGAAUUGCCCGUGUGGAUUUUUAUUUGAAUUGUUGUCAUGAACUUUUCCGACAUUGUUGCUGUAAUCAUUGAUGAUAUAGAUAAUGAUUGUUUUCAUGGCUUUUUUUUUUAACAAUGGUCUUUUAUGCAGUGUUCAGCUCCUCUCCUGCCCCUCCCACAGCCUCCCAGGCACAAGCGGUGUGUGGUGAAGAGGGGAUCUCAGUCCACAGGGUUAGUGGGGGGGGGGGCGGUUAAGGCCAGACAGGCCUAAAGAGUUAAGUCCAAUCAGGUGGGGAAAGGUUGUGUGGUCAAACUUCCUUCAGGUUAGUGAGCCAACUUGUUCUGUCCAUCAUGGGCCACCUCCCCUCUUUUAUCGUGUCACAUCACACGCGCGCCCUUCGUGUCGAUGGGCCUCACUCACACUGGUGCUUUAUGUUUAACUCUGGGAGCACUCAGUUACACUUAGAACCAACUGAUAACAGCCUUCCAUUUCUAUGCAAAGACGAGGUGUUUAUUCACAGCCCCC